AUGGCGGCGCGCAUGCUAGUGCAGUACGUAGUGCUGAGAGGCGACCUGCGGAGGGAGCCCUUUUCCUGGCCGAUGGGGGCUACGGUGGCCCAAGCGUGCCACGCCGCACUCGCUGUCGUCCACGCGCACUACGCGCACCCAGACACAGCAGAGUACUUAGCGCAAAGUGGCAGCAUGAGGACUGUAGUGCUUGAGGCCCCCGAUGAGGCUGCCUUGAGUGCCUUGGCAGAGAGACUGCAGCAGAAUGGGAUUGACCACAAGGUCUGGGUGGAGCAGCCAGAAAACAUAGCCACCUGUGUGGCCUUGCGCCCUUAUCCAAAGGAGAGCGUGCACCACCUCCUCAAGACCUUCAAGCUCCUGAAAUGACCGCCUUCGUUCUUCUCGAGCCACGGACAGCGUUGGCCAGGAACAAACAGUACAACUGAGUCCUCCAUGACUUAUGUCAGAGCCAUUUGAAGGUACAUCUUCCAAAGCACCCUUCUUCUCGUCGCAGGAUGUUGGACAUGAUUGCAACUUCAGGCCCAAAGCUUCUGUACAAUGUGGUUAUUAAACCAGUGGCAUUUGUGGUUCUUGAAA